AUGUCGUCUUCCCUUACGUUUCAGCUCCGUCAGCAACAGCAACAGCAGCAGGAACAGCAACAAAAGUUGCAACAGCAGCAGCAGCACCCCACUACCACCCAUCAGAACAUGGUCCUAGCACCAAGCAGCAAUGACGGUCUUCCUUCACCUCCCAACUCAUCUUAUGGUGAUGAGGCUACCACGGUUCACAAUGACCUGGGACAAGGCGGUGUUACUAUCAAGGAACCGCUACAGGAACGUAGAGACUCUUUGCCCACCCAUUUUAAUGCAUUGACUUUGGAGCACUAUUCGACGUCGCUACCAGAGAAUUAUACUAUUGAGCAUUCAUCUGCACCUAUUCCUAUUACAUCCUCCAAUCCACAUCCAUCCACUACUCGGCGAGUGAGUGAAAGCCGGCAACAUUCAUCGAUAGCACGGUCCUCUUCUGGAUCUCCGUCACCCAUGUUUUAUCUGGGUUCUCCCACAGCCACGGCAGCCGCCACUGGUGGUCGCACUAUCCGAAACAAUGCCCGAUUUAAUAACCAUGCCAACAAUCAUAUCGCAUCUACAUCUCUGCCUGUAUAUACAACAACUACAACUACUACUACAACAACAACAUCUCAUCCUCAUCACCACCACUCCUCAAGUACUACUACUACUACUACCAACAACAACAACAACAACAUUACCAGUGCAAGUCUAGGGAAAAAGGCUGCUGGCAAUAAGGUCCUUCAUCGUUGUGAAGAUUGUGGAAAGGUCUACAAACAUUACAAUUGCCUUGCCAAACAUCGAUGGGAGCAUUCGGAAGAAUGGGAAUUGACAAGCAAGCUAUUACUUACCAAGCAUCAACAAGUCCAAAUGCUGGAAGCAGCUGCCAUUUUGGUAAGCUUGGAUACUCAACGAGUCGAGCAAGAACAACAAAAGUUGCAACAACAACAGCAGUUGCAAUUACAACAACAAAAAAAUCGCCAUUCUAGCAGCGAUGAGGAUGACGAAGACGAUGAUCAAGCUGGUGAUGAUGAAUCGAUCCACAUUACCGACGACGACGAUGAUAUUAUUGUUGACAUGGAAAUGGACGACGUGGAUACCAGCAACAAGGAACCUUCUUCUUCAUACAGCCCCGCCUCCUCUUCAACCACCAUUUCUAUUGCAUCUCCCUCGAUUACUUCCAAUCAUAUCAACAACAGUACUACAUCAUCCUCCCAACAAUCUACUACUACUACAACCUUGUUGUCCAAUGGUCAUGCGUAG